GCAUCUCAUUUUUUCAUCAACUCAUCAACUCACAUUUGCUUGACUUUGCUGAACAAACUCGCUCCUGCACAAAAACUCUUGCUCAUUUUAAUUCACUUUUAGAUCAACCACUCAAGUCGACGACUUCCUCCCUAUAUUCAAAAUGCGUUUCAGUAUCGCCACUGUUGUUCUCUCUUUGGCCGCCAUGGUCGUUGCUAUUCCCACUACGGAAUCAACACUUUUCGCUCGUGGCGGAGGUCAAACCUGUGCUCAAGGUCAAACACUCUCAUGUUGUCAGUCUGUCACUUCAGGAGGUGAUGGCAUUCUAGGCAAUCUAUUGGGUUUGAAUUGCGCCGAAAUCCCGAUCCCAAUCGUUGGUAUCGUGCUCGGAGGCAAAUGUAACUCCGCACCCGUUUGCUGUAAUGUGAACGGCGGCAGCACCAGUCCCGAUUGCGAUGACAAUUCUAACAAUGGUGGUACACAGGGAGGGAUUAAUGUUCUUACCAAUAGCUGCGUUGCCAUUCCAAUCGUUCUCUAGAUGGUCAAAAAGCCUUUGAUUCUCCACGAAAGGGAGCAUUUCUGAUCAAUCGAUCAUCGCCCCUUUCCUUACCUCCCAUGUACCCGUCAUCUCAGCAACCAAAAAAUAUAUCUUUUGAUUUCUUCAACGCAAACAACAAUUUAUACCUCGAAGCGUUAAACAUGGAUUUCAACUGGGUGGCCGUCAUUACGUAUAUGUUUGUUCUCUUUCGGCACUAGGACUCAGUAUUGACUAUGCGAGUGUGCGAUUCUCUCUUCACUUCAAGAUGAUGUCUCAAUUCAACAUUGGACACUUCUCUUCAUUCUUUAAUCGUGCAUGGAAUCUCGUUUAUACUUGGGUAUUGAUAUGGUUGUUCAAAUGGUUCGUUCUGGAAGAAAUACAUAUUGCCAGGCAGUUACUUUUUACUUCCAACUUAGAAAUAUCAUUAUCAUGUGUGCAAUACAGAGGCUUUUCAUGAUACUGCAAUUUUUCUAACAGUGAAUGCAUGUAAUUCGUAAUGGUGGCGCGCA